AAACAACAGUCUUGAUGACAGUAUUUUGGCCAUGAAACAAAGAAAGGAUUCGAACCCAAAUCAUGGAGGCAACAGGCUGAGUGCUGCAGAUACUACAUCCUUUUUAAGCAACUCUGAUCUGGACAACAGUUGUUUGCCUGUGGACCGGAGCACCCCACACCCUACAGGGAUCACACUGACCCGCCCUGGCUACUACACAGUCCCGUCGCUGGAUGAAAUGAUUGACCUGAUCGACGAAAAUGGCAACUGCCUGGUUGAGGAUCUCGUCAUCGGCCGAGUCGGCUACGGAAAUGUUUUCUUUCCCGGGGUCACAGAUGUGACAGGAUUAAACCUGGAUGAAAUAGUUCACUUCCGGCGCCGAGAGGUUGUGGUAUACCCAGAUGAUGAUAAGAAACCCCCACUUGGUCAAGGUUUGAACAAGAAAGCUGAGAUCACACUAGACUGUGUGUGGCCAUCUGACAAAUCUACCAGAAGUCCAAUCAAGAACCCAGAUAGACUGAAGCUGAUGAACUACGCAGAGAAACUGGAGGAAACCGCAGCCAAAAUUGGUGGCAAGUUCAUUGAUUAUCGCCCAGAGACUGGCUCCUGGGUAUUCCAGGUCAACCAUUUUUCCAAGUACGGCCUUCUUGACGAUUCAGAUGAGGAGGUUCUCACAGACCAGCAGAAGAAGCUUCUGGCUGGGUCUCCGUCUAAGGAUGUCUUGUUAGUCCAGGGUGACCUCCAGCAGGAUGACCAAGAUAUGCUACAGGGAGAGGAGGAUGACAUGUUGGAUGAUAACAGCUAUGACAUGUCCGAGACCAUGAAUGUCAAUGCGGAUUCAGGAAUGGACUCCAAAUACAUUGCUACAGCCAUGGGGGUCAGUGCUAAAAACAUUCAAGGCAUGAAGGCCUCCUUCUUUGGAGAUGGACUGCAGGGCUUAGAAGGUACAA